AUCUCAACCUCACUUAUACCACUCCUUCGGUCUCGGACAGUCUAUCAUCUCAAGACACCUCAUCUUUUCUUUUCUAUACGGUCCUAGUCUACCUUUUUCUUUUUCCAUUGGACACCGUCAUCAACACCAUGGGCCUAGGGAGUGUCGUCCUCCGCAUCCUUGCCAAUGGCAUCCGCGUCCUGCAAUUCCUCGCCGGCGCCGUCAUUUUAGGCAUCUUCUCCUACUAUCUCGCCGUGCUCAGCAACCAUCACCUCCCCAUCGCACAAUGGAUUCGAGCCGUAGAAGGUCUCUCUGGUGCAGCCACGCUCUACGCACUCCUGGGCUCAAUCUUCACCAUCUGUCUUGGCGGCAUUAUGUUCUUUGGGUUGGUGGGCAUGAUUCUUGAUGCCUGCUUCGUCGGUGCCAUGGUUGCUAUUGCCGUUAUGACUCGCGACGGAACUCAGUCUUGUCAUGGAAAUGUGCAUACUCCCUUGGGCAGUGGUCCUUCCGACUCGAAUGCUUCCGGUUAUGGACGGGACGGAUUCGGAUUUGGAGAUGGUCAGACUGUGACUUAUCUGCCCAACCUGGGUUUGGCUUGUCGUCUCGAAAAGACUGCUUUCGCUGUCUCGAUCAUUUCCAUCUUCCUCUUCAUCGUCUCCUUCUUUCUUGCCAUCCCCAUGGUUCGCAGCCACCGCCGUGAGAAACGCUUUGGUCCUUCUCCCGUCAAUGGAUACACCUCUGGAACUACUCGUCGUCGCGGUUUCUGGCGUCGGAACAAGGCUACUAAUCCUGAUGUCCCUGCUGACAACACUCUCCCUGGCCACCCUACCCCAGCUGAGGUUGAGAAUGGCUAUAAGCCAGAGACGAGCGGCUACAACGCCGCUCGUUUCUAAGUGAUCUCAAUUUUGAUCGAUCUUAGAUACCGACGUAUAUGCGAUGUACGCUAUGGAAGGGUUUGAAUUGUUGUGGCUGAAUGAAUGAAUAAAUUGAUCUGAUAAUGCUAAUAUUUCCCAAAUCCAAUUUGAGAUGAGUAUGAUGUUUGUUCUAUUUGUUGGUAUAAAGUUAGACUAUACUUAUUAAUCUUAAUAUUUACACAAUAUUCGAUGAAAUCAAUUCGUUUGCAGUUGACCUGAAAG